CGGCACUGUUGCCUCACUCCUCCCUGGAAACUGGAACAAUGCUAAUGGAAACACGUUAAAAAUACACACAGCUUAGCGUGACCUGUCAGACACCUGUCCAGCGGCAAGAAGGGUUCCAAGACCAGAGACUGGGGCCAUGGAGGGGGAGGACAGUGUGUCAGGGGCCCCUCACGAGCCAGGUAACCCCCUGCUGCGAGCCGUGUUCUUACGCCGCCUGCGUCUCACACGCCUUCUCCUGGAGGGAGGGGCUUACAUCAAUGAGAGUGAUGGGCAGGGCCAGACCCCCCUAAUGGUGGCUUGCAGGACCCAGCACGUCGAUGCACAGAGUGCCAGCAGGGACAAGUUGGUUCAGUAUCUGCUGGAAAGAGGAGCCGACCUCAACAUUCAGGACAAAUCAGGUCGGACGGCCCUCAUGCAUGCCUGCAUGGGGCAGGCCGGGGCCGCGGUGGUGUCCUUGCUCCUGGCCAGUGGUGCAGACCCAGGCCUGGAGGAUCACUCUGGAAGCUCAGCACUGCUCUAUGCAGUUACUACUGGGGACCAGGAGGUUCUGAAGCUGCUGCUGGACACCUGCAAGGCCAAGGGAAAGGAGGUGAUCAUCAUCACCACGGACACAUUCCCCUGUGGGAAGCCAAGGGCCAGGCAGUACCUCAACGUACCCCCUCUUGCUCCCCUGGAUCAGGGGGAUGGGCUGCAUCCCUCUUCAGCUGCACCUCCCUGUGCAUCUCCCUCAGAGAUCCAGCUCCUCACCUCCCCUCCGUGUUCCUCUUCUUCCUCCACUGGUGGCCCUCGCCAAAUUUUCUCUUUCAAGCAGAGUAUGUGCUCUGGGUCGGGGGGCAUGAGUUCCCAACCUUCCUCCCCUUCCAGUGCAAGAGGCCUGGGCAGGUUGGACAGACUGCAACAGCCUCUCCAGAGGCUGAACUCAGAGCCCUGGCUAAGGAUCCCUGCCUCCCUGCUGGUCCGUCACUCCAACUUAGCCCCUUCAUCAACAGAAGACCUCCGAAAUGUGGAAGAGGAUCUCUCAGUCAGGAUCAACUGGCUGGGUUUGAACACUGAAGAAUAUGACAAAACAAUCCCCCACAAGUGUAGCUGCAGUACCGACCAGAACAAGAUCAUCAACAUUAACACUGAGGACAAAGUGGGGGAAACUGGGGGGCCACUACGCCGAAAGUUAUCCAUCUCAAGUCUUUUCUCCUCUCACUCUGCCUCCCACCCAAACCUCCACUCACAAAGUCUCCACUCAGGCCAGGGAUCCCCAUCCUCCUCCACCUCCAUUGGGGGAAAAGACUCUGGCUGCCCCCUCCCCAGUCUGGCUGUGUCCAGCUUGCGAAACAUCAUCCAGAGACGACACCUUGGGGCUGAUCACUAUAGCUCCGACCCUCAGCUGGCCAGUGGCUUUCCUGAAGAGGGCAGAGCCCCUCUGGAGAGCAGGAAGCUGGUCAUGUCACGUUCCUCAACUUUGCUGGGCUCCAGGGAAUCUCUAGAAGCCCCAGUCCUAACCAGAAGAGCCCUCUCUGGGCUGGAGCGCAGGGGAUCUGGGGCCCUUCAACUGGACCCCAUCUCCCAGACGAGACCCGGCUGCCUGCCCCCACUAUUCCCUCAUCACCACUCUCCAAUCCCCAACAUCUCUGGGUCGGUCUCCAACCCCAGCCCAGGAAGUAGGGCGGUCUGCGGAGCAGUAGCAGGCCUGAAGACCCUGCUACCUUCGGCUCCUCCUGGCCUCCCAAAAGAGCUGAAGACCAGGAGAAUGCUGCUGAGAAGACACUCGAUGCAGACAGAGCAGAUCAAGCACCUGGGAGACUUUGACGGGAUCUUUGGUCAUUGAGGGGCUGUUGUGGACAGACUUGGAAGUGCAUUCAUCCAUCUGUCUUGUUCAGUCACUCGUCAGUUACGCCAACGCUAAUGAUCGCGACCCAGCUUUUUAGUGAAGGCACGUAUGUGCCUAUCGAUACAAGGAUGGCAAUUUCCAUCUCAUGGGUGGUAAAAUUGUGAGUAACCGACUAGAAAAAUGUAUUGAA